AUGGAGAACCGGAGCUACGUGGGAGACGAUGGCAGUGCCACGGGCAACCACGGGCAGCAAUCAGUGAAGACUACAACCAACAGUAACGGGGUCAAGCCAACAUCGGCAGUGGCCGACGAGAAGCCGGUGCGUGAAAAAUGGGGCCGCAACGUGGAGUUCCUGAUGUCCUGCAUUGCGCUGUCGGUGGGCUUUGGAAAUGUGUGGCGUUUUCCCUACACGGCCUACAGUAACGGAGGCGGAGCGUUCGUCAUUCCGUACCUGAUCGUCCUGUUCGUGAUCGGCCGGCCGAUCUACUACCUGGAGAUGGUGCUGGGACAGUUCUCGAACCGUGGCUGCGUCAAGGUGUACGAUCUGGCACCGGCGAUGCGCGGGAUCGGUGUCGGGCAAACGAUCGCUAUCUUCACCGUGAUCACCUACUACACUUCGGUGUUGGCCGUGACGCUACGCUAUUUGAUCGCUUCGUUUAGCCCGGAGCUCCCCUGGGCCAGGUGCGAUCCUGCCUGGGACAACUGCGUCGACUCGUGGCUCAUCGGCAACAUUUCGAUCGGCGGAGUGAACGUUACGCAACCGAAAUCUUCGGCCGAACUGUUCUUCGACAAAACGGUGAUGCACUCGGCUGACUCACUGGCGCAAGGGCUGGGAUACCCCGACUGGAAGCUGGUGCUAUGUUUGCUGGCUUCUUGGCUGUGCAUCGUUGGGAUUCUUAUCAAAGGCAUUAAGAGUUCCGGCAAAGUGUCAUAUUUUCUGGCCAUCUUCCCGUACAUCAUUAUCGCGGUCCUGUUGGUCCGUUCGCUCACGCUGGAUGGGGCCUGGAACGGCAUCAAGUACUUCUUCAUGCCGCAGUGGAGCAAACUGCUGGAAAUAGAAGUCUGGUACCAGGCAGUCACGCAAUGCUUCUUCUCGCUUACGAUCUGCUUCGGCGGGCUGAUCGUGUACUCGUCGUUCAACGAUUUCUCGAACAACAUCUACCGACAUGCGGUGAUCAUCACGUCCCUGGACACGGUCACCUCGCUGGUGGCGGGUUGCGUCGUGUUCGGAGUGAUCGGGCACCUGGCACACGUCACCGAGCAGCCGGACAUCUCGAAGGUGGUCCGAGACGGUCCCGGGCUCACGUUCAAGACGUACCCGGACGUGCUGGCCAAGUUUAGCUUCCUGCCGCAGUUCUUCUCGGUUCUGUUCUUCUUCAUGCUGUUUCUGCUCGGCAUCGGCACGCUGAUCGGCAUCGUGACGUCCGUCAUCACCGCCAUCCACGAUCAGCAGCCGAGGCUACGGCGGUGGAAAAUUGUGAUCUCCGUCGCCGUGGCCGGUUUCUGUGUUGGGCUCGUCUACCUCACGCCGGGAGGUCUCUACGUGCUGGACCUGAUGGAUUACUAUGGAGCAACGUUCGCCACCCUGACGCUGGCCGUUUUCGAGCUGCUGACGUUCGCCUGGAUCUACGGCGUGAACCGGGUGUGCAAGGACAUCGAAUUUAUGCUCGGCAUCCGGACGGGGCUGUUCUGGCGCGUCUGCUGGGGCAUCGUGACGCCCAUCAUGGUGAUCCUGAUUCUGCUGGUCAGUAUCGCCAAGUACAAGGCGCGCGAUGUUCCUGACGGCUACACGGCUCUUGGGUGGUGUUUGUAUGCGUUCGCCGUGCUACAGCUCCCGGGCUGGGCGUUGUAUGCAAUGCUCAAGCGGAGAGGACCCACGUGGUGGGACAGCUGGAAGGCUGCCCUGCGCCCACUGGAGGACUGGGGUCCGGAAGACGGUGAACGACGGGCGAACUACAUCGCGUGGAUAGCGCAGUACUGCCAACAGCUAGCAUCCCCUUCGGACAACCUUCUCGUGAAAAUGCGAAAAAAGUUGUUCAGUUAAACGGCAGCUUCAGUUGUAAAUCUUACCUGCUCU